AUGAGGCAGCUUCUUUUCUUCAUUUUCUUCCUUUUUCCUGGGUUUCUUUCUGGGGCGGAGCGAUGCCACCCCAGUGAUAAGACUGCCCUUCUCAAGUACAAAAAUAGUUUCGCCAACCCGGAUCAGAUAUUGCUUUCAUGGCAACCUGAUUUUGAUUGCUGUGACUGGUAUGGAGUCCAAUGCAAUGAGACUACCAACCGGGUUAUUGGUUUGGAGUCGAGCGUCCGACUCAACGGUACCAUCCCUUCUGUGAUAGCUGAUUUGACAUACCUACGAACGCUUCGAUUGAGGAAAAACCCAUUCCUAGUGGGUGAAAUUCCUCCGGCCAUCGGGAAAUUAACCAACCUAGUAAGCCUUGACCUCAGCUGGAACAACAUUUCUGGCUCUGUGCCUGCAUUUCUUGCAAAUCUUAAAAAGCUUUGGUUUCUCGAUCUCUCCUUUAACAAACUUUCCGGUACCAUACCUGCUUCCCUCUCAACUUUUCCAGAGAUAAUCGGAAUUGACCUAAGCCGUAACCAACUCACUGGCUCCAUACCCGAGUCUUUUGGUCAUUUCCAAGGUACAGUCCCCACACUAGUCCUAUCCCAUAACAAACUUUCAGGCGAAAUCCCGGCCUCUCUAGGCGACAUGAACUUUGCCCGAAUCCUAAUCUCGCGCAACAACUUCUCCGGAUCCGCAUUGAUGUUUUUCAAAGCAUCAAAAACCAGCGACACAAUCGACAUAUCACGAAACAACUUUGCUUUCGACUUCUCAGAGGCGAGUUUCAUGGAGCAGACAUUGGUAGAAUUGGACAUCUCCCAUAACAAGAUAUGGGGUAGCAUUCCAUCAAGGAUAACGGACUGCGUAAUGCUUCAGAGGUGUUUGCCAUAUCUACAAACACUUCGAUUGAGGAAGAAUCCGUAUCUAGUUGGUGAGAUUCCUCCCGCAAUCGGAAAAUUGGUCAACCUGGUUACCCUUGAGCUUAGUUGGAACAAUAUCUCAGGCCCCGUGCCACAAUUUCUUGCAAAUCUUAAAAACCUUUGGUUUCUCGAUCUCUCCUUUAACAAGCUUGUUGGUACCAUACCUGCAUCGCUCUCAUUCCUCCCACAAAUACUUGAAAUUGACCUAAGUCGCAACCAACUCACUGGCUCAAUACCCGACUCUUUUGGUCAUUUCCCCGGUAAGGCACCCUCGAUCAUCCUAUCUCAUAAUAAACUUUCAGGCCAAAUCCCAACCUCCCUUAACAACAUGGAUUUUAGUCGAGUUAUGCUAUCGCGUAAUGAGUUCUCAGGAGAUGCAUUGAUGUUUUUCAACGCAUCAAAAACUACUGAAAUAAUCGACAUCUCGCGAAACAGCUUUGCAUUCAAUUUCUCACGAGCGGGUUUUAUGCACGAGACAUUGGUCACAUUGGACAUAUCACAUAACAAGAUUUGGGGUACCAUUCCAUCAAGUAUAACAGAUGCCAUAUUGCUGCAGAAUUUGAAUGUUAGUUACAAUAGAUUGUGUGGGAAAAUUCCUUCUGAUUGGAACUUGAAGUAUAGGUCCCAGCCCUUUGACAAUUCUUCCUACAUACAUAACCCUUGCCUCUGUGGCUCUCCACUUCCACCUUGUAAACCAUGAUAUAUAUAAAGAUAUAUCAAAUAUAUAUCAUGAUGUAUUGUUAUUUUAUGAAGGGUGGUAUCUUGUAAACCAUGAUAUAUAAUAUUUAUGUCAUGGAUAUGUGUUU